CAGAGCUUGCGCUCCUCAAUAAAAGAAACUCGGCCUCCUUGCCCAUGCGCCGCCGUCUCCAUCACGCCGGAAGUCUCCACCGCGCAAAAAUUCGCCACCGGGAAUCAUCGCCUUCAGAUCUUCGUGAAAAGACUAUAUUUUCUAGAGUUUGAAGUAAAAUAGGAACACCUCCAGUGAGCUCAUUUGUCAGGUGUUGUGGGCUUGCAUUUUGCUCAAAAGUAUUGGCAACGAUUGUGGCGAUAGCAGUGGAGGAAAAUGAGAAGAGAGUAGCGUGUUUGUACCCAUAAAAGGCAAGAGGUCUCUAACACGAAUAAAAAAAGAAUAAUAUCAUUUUUUUAAAAGAAAUUUGUGGGAUCCGGCGGACGAAUUUAGCUAAAAAUGAUUCGGGCGGUGAUCAUACUCAACACCCAAGGCAAACCUCGCUUCAUCAGAUUCUAUGAGUUCAAGCCCCCUGAGAAGCAACAAGAGCUAAUUCGCAGCGUCUAUGGAGUUCUUAGUGAGAGGCCGGAAAAUGUCAGUAAUUUUGUCCGUGUUGAUGAAAUCUUUGGCCCUGACAUCAAGCUUGUAUACAAGCAUUUUGCGACACUAUAUUUUGUAAUUGUAUUUGAUAGUUCAGAAAAUGAAUUAGCAAUGCUUGAUCUUAUACAAGUUUUUGUGGAAACAUUGGAUCGAUGCUUCAAGAAUGUUUGUGAGUUAGAUGUUGUGUACAAUUUCAACAAGAUGCACGCUAUACUAGAUGAGAUUAUUCUUGCUGGUCAAGUGCUUGAAACUAGCUCAGAAGAAGUUAUGAAGGCUGUUGAUGAGAUGGCAAGGUCAGAGAAGUCAAGUGCAGUCAGUCUCAUACCGAAGUCAGUUUCAGGAAGGCUUGGACGCUGAGAGCAGUUUACGUCCACUGUCAGCCCUGAUCGUGUUCAAUGAAGCCACACGCACAACUCUUGCUUUCGUAUUCUCUCCACAUCAAACUAGGGGAGAUGGUUCCAGACUCUCAGUCAGGGUUUCCUAUAGCUUCACCGUAACUUGUAUCGUCUCCCUUGAAGAAGUUUCAACGUUUUGACGGUUCGUAAUUGUUUAAUUGUGUUGAGCAUCGCGUAACUCUAUGGAUUUGAGAUGCUUUGGUAUGAGUUUUAACUCGUUAUGAUAUGGGUGAAAAAGCGUCUGUGUGCAUUGUUUGUUGU